UGCACCGCGCCGCGCCCCGGAACGUGUUGCCAUGGCGGCGGGAGCGCUCGGCGGCCUGGUCGCCGCUCUGGAGUCCCACCGGGGCCGCGACCGGGUGGUCCGCGCUCUGUGUUACGGCUGCCAGCUGGCGGGCGGGGCGCUGGCCGGGCCGCAGGCCGCGCCGGCCGGGCUCCCCGGGAGCCUCCUGGCCGUGUCGGCCCAGCUGAGCGCCUGCCGCACGGCCCUGCGCCUCUUCGAUGACUUCGCCAUGCUCAGCUACAGCUGCAGCUACGGGCUGGGCCCCAAGGAUGAGGACCCGCUGGUGCGGGGGCUGUCGGUGCUCAGCAACCUGGCCAACCAGCUCUACUACCCCUGCGAGCACGUGGCGUGGGCGGCUGACGCCGGCGUCGUCCGCGUGGGCUCCCAGAAGUGGUGGGCGCUGAGCACGGGGCUCUGGGCCGCGGCGCUGCUGCUGGGCAUCCUGCGGUCCCUGAGAAUCUUGUUCCAGUUACGACGAAAGCUGAGGCAGCACAAGGGUACGUCUUCGCCUCUGAGUCAGAAGGAAACGAAAGCCCAGGUGAAGGCUGAAGUUCUGAGCAUCCUGGCGAGCGCGGCGGAUCUGUCCAACGCGAUCCACUGGCUGCCCCCGGGCGUCCUCUGGGCCGGACGCUUCCCUCCCUGGUUGGUGGGUCUCCUGGGGACCGUAUCUUCCCUGAUUGGUAUCUACCAGGCGUCUAGAAGCGGAAAUUCUGAAUCUGCAUAAACUGUCACGGAGCUUCAGGAGCUCAGUUUGUGCAUGGUAAAAAUGCCUUUAUGGAGGCAGGGGGAAUUUAACUCUCUUGGGUGUUGAUGAUUGUAAUUCCACGCAUCCUGGAACUGUAGCUGAGCUGUCUAUUGUGGAGAAGAUUGAUUGCAGUGAAUAAUUUUUAUCACUCUUCAUCAGAGAAAUCUUUCAGGCGAAUCCUGCGAAAAUCAAGAAAUCUCCUAAGAUGGGGAAAAAAGUCACUUUAAUCUUUCCUUCCUGUGUCUUAAGAGACAAAUACAACCCUGCAGUCUUCACUGUCACUUAAAAGAGCACAAAGUCAGAGUUUUGCGGAGAAACGGCCACCGUUCUGUUGCACAAAACUUCUAAGGGACGGAUGCGGUGAGCUGGAGCUGCGGGCUCAGCGCCGCGCCUCACCUGCGCCGGGGACUCGUACCCUGGGAGCUUCUCCGAUCGUUUGGUGUCUUAGCCCAGAGCACAAACAGCAGCAGGCGCUUCUUGUGUUUGUGACGGUUCUGCCGCUUUCGAGGCGAGAGGGGAAGGAAGGAGCAGCCGUGCGCGGUGCCUCGCCGAGCGCUCCGCCGGGCCGCCUUACUGAUUAAGGAGAAACACUGGAAAUUGAGCCUGCCCGUAGAACCAGCGGCGCCCCUGAGCCGCCGGCGCUGCCUUUGCCGGUUGCCGCCGGGUGGAGCUCUUCCCCCGGACUCCACCAGAAGCCAAACGGUCGUUUUUUCUUUUAAAAAAGCAGCAAAUUUAUUAAUUGCCUUAUAGAGUAGCAAUUAAACCUGUGCCAAGAUGAGUUUCACAGUUAUAUUUCUAGGCGGCGCCCGCAAUAAAUGAGAUGAAUGCUUCAAA